CCUAUUGGUGACGUCACGUCCCGCUAGACGCACUCGACGCUGUGGGAGAUAAACGCUUGUUCACAGCGUUGGCAAAACAAACGUACAAGGCUGGUUUCCUUCAAAACAACAAAUCCAUUUGAACUUCUACCCCUUCUUAAAAGGUGAUUGCUGAGAAAUGAAUCCAGACCAACCCCCACCAUACCCAGGCCCAUCGGCUCCAGUCUACCCAGCCCAGGGCCAGCCCCCUCAAGGCUACCCGACUCAGGGUUAUCCUCCACAGGGGUAUCCUGUAAACAUGCAGCAGCCUAAUCCAAGUUACCCAAGCUACCCCCCUGGACCAAUGGGUUCUGGAGGUCCCUAUCCCGGGCCAGGACAGGCACCUUAUCAAGGAUAUGCUGGACAGCCACAAUAUGGCUGGCAGGGUGGCCCUCCACCCGGACAUAUGUAUGGAGAACCUCCUAAAAACACAGUGUACAUGGUGGAGGACAGAAGAAGAGACAACUCUUCAGAAACAUGCCUGACAGCCUGCUGGACAGCCCUAUGUUGCUGCUGCCUCUGGGACAUGCUUACAUAAUAUUUCUCCACACCUUCAUUACAUUCCCCGCUGCACUAUUUCUGUGCCUGGAAACACGAGCAUCCCUUCUUCCCAGUUGGCCUUAAAUCUUGUUAUCCCUUUUAAUGUUGCCUUCAUUUCUUUCAACAUUGUGCCGAAAAUGCUCGCUUUACUUUCCCUCCCCUCUUUGUCAUUGUGAAGUCCUCAGAGCAAACUGCCUGAGUGACUGUAGAUCAUCAGGGGCAACUUUGUAGCGAGUUGUGAGCGUCAUUACCUACCCUGAGCAUACGUUCAGAGGAAAGCCAACAUGUCAGAAUAUUCUGUAUAAGACAGACUUGUAAAAUUAUGGCAACACUGUCGCACGCUUGGCUUAUUAGUCAUUGAUUUCACAUUGUAAAGAACACUGCACAACAUCAGUUUGGCCUCCAGGUUUUAACCAAAGCCUUUGCUUGAGAAGCAAUACAAGCACACGUCACUACAUCAGUCCUCCGAUCUACUUGUGUUGUUUUGGUUAUGACAUACAGAAUUAACACUGAUAUCUAUGCACAUCCUGUUUUAAUAGACAACCAUCUUCAGCAUUUACACUGAAAUAAAAACUUCCAUUUGAAAUUGUUUUAACGUUCACUGGUGUUUGAAUUCCAAUACCCGUCAAAACGGACUGGCAGUGAAUGUGGUAAGGUUUGUGCUCAAAGGUUCUGAAAAUGUCAAAAACACUUUUAAACUGAGGGGUUGGUGAAGUGUGAAUUGCUCCCUGAACACUUAUCAUUUUGCAGUCAUCUUACACAACAUAACAUGAAAAUGCUCAGACACUAACACAGACACACAGUAUGUUGCACUCGGGCAUACCUCGUGAGGGUCUCAAGCACUUUAUGAUGAUUACCUCUCGGUAUGUUCCCACUCCUUCUAUUCUUCUAGCUUUCUUUCAGCCACCUUUUUGCUUUUACAGCGAUAUUGCUUCAUCUGGUUAUCUUUUGAUUUGCAUACAUUGUCCCACAAAGUUGUAAGCAGCCGCUGUCUACAAAUGAGCUGGUGGGUGUUCUCUAAGGCGCUUACAAUUGGAAUGUUUUUUUCUUUGAUUUGCACAUGGCCUUCAAGUGAAAUCAAGUGAGAAAGUCAAUAUAUUUUGAGGAUGAUGGUGAUUUAGGUUUCACUCCAUAUAGCAGAUUAAUAUUAAAUGGUACUUUUUCCACUGCGGUCUGUCUUUUUUUUUUUUUUUUUUUAAAUGCACUAGGGAUUUAACUGAAAAUGAGAAACCAUGCUGUGAUCAAUAAAACAAAUGACCCAUUA